AUGCCUUUCUGCAUUGAAGUUGGCUACUUUGAUACAAUGAAAGAAAUCAAAGAAAAAGUGACAAAGUAUCAUGGUAUUCCAGUUCAUGAACAAACCCUAAUGUUCAAAGGAAGAAUCCUACCCGACGAUCUCAACAUUCACAACUCCAACAUCUUUGAUAGCUCACACCUUAAGCUUAUGAUCAACAAUCCCACCAAAAGUACCACCACCACCAGCAGCCCCACCACGGAUCCUCAACAACCACCAUCACACGUAACCACCACCGCCAUCACCAUUACCAAGGUCAAAAUCGAAGAAACGUUUUCACCGGCUUCUUGUUCUUCCUCCCAGAAGAUCAAACUUUUCUUGAAAACCUUCGGAGUAGCAAUUGAAAUGGACCCGAAUGAUUCAGUUUUGAAGUUGAAAGAGAAGAUCAACGAAAUGGAAGGAAUCCCAUUUAGCAGAAUGAUUAUUCAUGCAAAUGGGAAUGAAUUACAUGAUCAUAAGACAUUACAUGAGUGUCAAAUUGUUGAUGGUUCAGAAGUUGAGAUUACACUUAAGCCACCUACGCCUACGCCUACAAUGACAAUAACGACAACCACCACAACCACAACUACAACCGCGCUUUGUAAUUUAAGCAUGAGUUUGAUGGGACAUAAUAAUUACUCGAAGAAAUUGAAGGUAAAUGUGAUGUCAAAAUGCGGGGAUAAGAUUACGUUGGAGGUGAAUCCACUGAGUAAUGUGGGAGAAUUGAGGAAGGAGUUGCAGAAGGUGAGAAGUCAAGGGGUAGGGUUCCGUUUACCAGAAGAAGGAUAUUUCUUUAUAUACAAACAAAAUGUCAUGGAAGAAGAUCAAUCUUUCAGAUGGCAUCAAGUCGCACAAGGCGACACCAUUGAGAUAUUUAACGGGUGUGUCACCGGUGGGUCUUGA